CUGUAACAAGAAUAAUGUUAAUGCAGAAAUGGGUGAGAGAAGAAGAAGGCUUGGACGACGACAAGAAGUUCACCAAUGGCACCAUAUAACCCCUUACCUGUGGCGUCACUGCGCCUCUUGGUCCCACCUUUUCAGCUCAUGUCAGCCUCAAUGUGGCAGGCUGUGAAGAAACAAGAUGUCAUGAAUUACUGGAAAGUGGCAGAGUUUGUCUCUUUGGUGAUGGACAUGGUCCCAGAGCUGCUCAUGUACAAACACAAGACACAACUUAAUCUUGGAUUAAGAGCUAGGUAUAUCCUUGAGUUGUGCCGAAGUGAACCACUUGUGGAACAUGACUUCAUUCUGUCUCAUCUGGACAAGAUUAAACCACAGCACCCCACUGAGAUCAAUAUGAAAGAAUCAGAAGAGGAAGAAGUAGCAUUUCACUUUCUGGAGCUGAUUCAUACUCUGCUCAAAGAUCCUGAAGCGAGAAGAGAUUUUUUCUCAGAGGUUUUUCCUGCAGAAUAUGGACCUCAGUAUGACAGUGAUUUACAGAAGCUGUUUUGGGAGUUCAUCUAUCGACUGGCUCAGUUGUUGCCAGUUCCUGACCUCGAACAGACCGUUUCCUGGCUUGGAGCUGAAUGCUCUAUGUUGGAGGAUUGUGUGCAUUCGGUGUCUGAGCCUACAGACCUGAAGAAUUUGCUCCAGCACCACAAACACCAUGGGCAUUUAGAGCAACACGUUCCACCUUCUAGCAUGGGUGACAGCAUCCUUUCCUCCCUCUCUGCUGUUCUUCCAAGCAGAGCUGCAAAAAGUACAGAACAACUCAACCAAUCACAUCCACUGCAAGACCUCAGUGAUGACAUGCACGCUGUGUCAUAUGUGGGUGAUGUAGCUGUCGAAAUAAUUACAGUGACAGAUUAUGCAGAGGUUGAAUUAGGCACAAGUGCUGACAUUGAGGUUGUUAUUGGAGAAGACCAUUAUGAAGCAACACAUAGUAACACAGUGGAUGAAGAUUUGCAGAUAGAGACCAGCAGUGAAGAGGACACAAAAGCAAGGGGAGAAGCAAUACAAGAAAAAGUUGAAAAUGUCUUGACAAACAUCAUCCAUCCAGAAGUUAACAAGAAUAACCCAGCUCUUUCCCAACACAAAGUGUCUGUGGGACCUCAUGACUGCCCAGACUGUGAGAAGAAGUUUAAGUUUGCCUCUUCACUUAUCGCCCACAGGGUCAUCCACACAGGGGAACGACCCCACCGUUGCAAUGAUUGUGGUCGCCGUUUCUCUUUCAGGCAGUCCCUUGACAGGCACAGACACACGCACAAAACUGGACGCAAGUAUGGCUGUGUCAUCUGCGGGGAUACCUUCCACUCCUUGUCAGCUCGCACAGAACACAAGCAAACGCACAUGGAAGGCAGUGUUUUCAAGUGCCCUGAGUGCAACAAGAAAUUCAACUGGGAGCUGGCACUUGCGAGGCACUUAAAAACUCACAUUGACGAUCACAACUCAAACAAGGCUACAGAGAGCCAUAAGGAUGGGCAAAAGGUUAUCUGUGAUGAAAGUGCCAGUGAGGCUCCUGUUGCACUUGUUGAGCCUGAGUGUAAGGUGCCAGAGGAGGAUAAUGGUGAUUGUGAGCUUCCCACCUCUGAGCCUGGAGGUCUUGUCCCUGAUAGUGACAGUGAUGUCAUUUCCCCUGUCAAGGUUCGCACAAGUGGGCGCAAACGCAAACCAACCAUGAAGAUCCAGGUGAUAAAUUUACAGAGGCACAUGACUACUAAGAGGAAGGAGGUCAGCAAGGCAAACCCUCCAGAACUGAAGCCUUUGCCUUUCAACUGUGCAGAGCACUCCUAUGGAUCACUGGUGGUCUCAUCAAAAGACAGUAACGAAGCAGAUGCCUCACCGACCACUUUCUCCUGUCCGAAGUGUUCUUUCCACCAUUCAGAAGAAGCGGAGGUCCAGCAGCACAUUGACAGUGUUCACUCUAUUGAGACUGAGGAAGACAAACCAUCUCUUCAGUUUCUUGCAGAUGGAGGAAGAUGUUUUUGUUGUUCAGACUGUGACAAAAGCUUCAAGUUCCAGUCCUUACUAAAAGCCCACCGGCGCAUCCACACAGGUGAACAGCCCUUUCUUUGUUCUCAGUGUGGACAGCGUUUCUCCUUUAAACAGUCACUGGAUAGGCACAAGCAGACACACAAGUCUGAAUGCAAGUAUGAGUGCCUUAUCUGUGGGGAAUUCUUCAAGUCCCUGGUGGCUCAGAGGGAGCACAAGAGCACCCACAUGGAGAACAGUGAGUACCUGUGUUCUGAAUGUGGCCGUGCAUUUGCCUGGAAGUCAGCACUGGUGAGGCAUCUGAAGACCCAUGGUGAGGAUUCUGACAAGGUGGAACGUUCUCACAAAUGCAUUCACUGUGACCUAGGCUUCAGCUGUGCCAGCUACCUCAACAGGCACCUCCAGACUCACCAGGAAGAAAGAGUGCACACCUGUGACUGUGGAAAGAGCUUUGCCUACCAAGCGGCUCUCACAGCACACCAGCGCAUCCAUCAAAAAGAACGGCCACACAUAUGCACACAGUGCGGCAAGGGAUUCCUCUACAAGGGUGGUUUGCUGAGUCACAUGAAGAUCCACUCAGAGGAAAUGCCCUUUAUGUGUUCUUUCUGUGGCAAGAGCUUUAAGAGGGAACGUAACAUGAAGAAGCAUGAGCGCUGCCACACCAGGGAAAAUGUUUUCAGCUGCUCGCAAUGUGACAAGAGUUUUGUCUAUAAGGCGACUCUGAUCAGACAUGAACUGACACAUUCAGGUGAGAGACCAUACCUCUGCUCUGACUGUGGGAAGGGUUUCUUUUCCCAUGCCGAGCUUCUGAAACAUGAACGUUUCCACACAGGUCAUAAGCCUUUUCAGUGUCCCCACUGUGGCAAGAAGUUCACUCAGUCUUGCUACCUGACCAUCCACUUGCGCUACCACACAGGUGUCCGGCCGUACUCUUGCACCGAGUGUGACAAGAGUUUCCUCAGUGCCAACCGCCUGAAAAGACACCAGCGAACACAUUCAGGGGAAAAACCAUACCUCUGUGUAGAAUGUGGGAAGGGAUUCAGACAGUCAUAUAAUCUCAAAAUGCACCAACGAACACAUAUUAUGAAGUUAACAUAGGCUAAGUUCACAUCACAGACCUUUACUCAAUUCCAAACUUUUUGUCAGAUCUAGGUUUUUCAUGUCAAUGCUUCAUUCAUGUUUGUUGACAUGUAUCCAGCUCCUGUGUGAACACCACUGAAGUCCUAAACUUCCAAUCGUGCAGAUUAAACUAAAAGGUUAAGAUGCAUGUGUAAAAGAAUAAUGUAAUUUGUGUGACACUCAAAUUGCAGGUUGCUAAAAAAAUACUUGGUAUGUUCCUUCCAGUUUGCUGUGAUCAGAAGCUUCUCUACACAACAAAUGUGAAACAGCCUUGUCUCUGCACUGACCCAUUGCAGCUGUUGCUCUCCUCCAUUUUUAUUGGUCUUUGACAGGGCCAACUGAAUUAAUACAUGCAGAGGAGGAGUGAGAUAUAUAAAAAAAAAGCACCUGAAUUGUGAUCUGACCACUGACAGCAGUCACAUAGUCAAAGAUGGGAUAUGAAUCGGAUGUAGAGGUACAUAUGCAAGUGGGCUCGAUCGGCUUUGAGAAAGUCCGAUUUGUUUAUUCACACAUCUGUGAAACGAUCAUAUGAGUUACAUAGAGGGGAAAA